CUGCCAAAAAUGUUACGAUAAUAAAGAAAAAAAAUUCUUUCAAAGUAUUUUUCAGCCAUCUUCAAAAGUUUUUAUCAUCUUUCCAGUAAAGUGAUUUUUGGUCUCCUGCGAAAUCCUCCGUUCCACUGGGUAACAUUCUAAGGAGUAACUGCAUAUUACUUUCCGAAUAUAAAUGCACAAAGAAGAAUCGAUCCAUGAAGAUCAAAUAUCAAAUGCAUCAGAUGAUGUGACAGAAGGAAAUUUUUCCGCUUAUUUCGACGACGAUCCUAUGGGGGCUGGAGUCUCGAUUUACAGCGUUUAUCAAAGAUUGAUUAGAUUUAUAAGGAGAACAUGGGGUAGAAGAACACAUGACAACAGCGAUGAUAUUGAGAUGACAUUUGUGAGAUCCAAACCACAGAGGAUUGAAGCUCUGUGUAGAAUCACGAAAUUUUCCAAAAAUGAACUCAAACUCAUUUAUCAGGGUUUCAAGCAGGCCUGUCCCACAGGGAUCGUGAAUGAGACUACCUUUAAAGAAGUAUACGCACAGUUUUUUCCACAAGGAGAUGCCAGUCAAUACGCUCAUUAUGUGUUUAAAGCCUUCGAUCACGAUGGAAGUGGGACCAUUAAUUUUCAGGAAUUUGUUCUUGGACUUUCUACCAUCUCGCGCGGGUCUCCAACCGAGAAACUUCAGUGGACCUUCAACCUUUAUGACAUCAAUGGUGACGGGUGCAUCACCAGAGAAGAAAUGCGCGAAAUAAUUAACUCCAUCUACAAUUUAUUGGGUCGAUUCACUGAACCGAGUGUCUCAGCGGAAGCCACUAGGGACCACGCUGACAGAGUUUUCGAUAAACUGGACCUGAAUAAAGAUGGAAUUGUGACUUUUGACGAAUUCCUAGAAACAUGUCUUCAUGAUGAAAACAUCACUAAGUCCCUGAAUCUCUUAGACACUGUUUUGUGAAGAUGUUUACUUCCACCAAGAAACAGAGAUGUCUUCAAUAUGUUGACAAGAUAUCUCAAAUACCUGAUAUAAAAGCUCUACAAAAAUAACCGUCCUCCUGAAAAGCUAUCUUAAAGGAUGUGACAACUAUUGCUUUCGAUUAGAUGAUGGAACAUUCCAUGUGGCUGAAGGGAGCUAUUUAUACAAACAUUGUGUUUCCAGGGAUGAAAAAUAUUUUUUCCAUUUGUCCUUUCAAUCUCAAAAUGAUCGGGUCAUACCGUGAAUUUUGUGCUUUCUGAUCUCCCUAUUCAUAAAGUGUUUAGAUAAAUGGAAAUUGACUUGUAAAAUUCAGGCGUGAAUUAAAUAGAAGCUUUUCUAAUGUAAGUUAUUAUAUAAUGCCAUUUUACUACAGUUUAUCGAUGGUAUUGAUCAAGUCAUUUAGAGGAGACGGUAUACUAUCAAUAUUUGAAGUAUUUGCGUUUAAGUGAAUUUUAGAUAAAGUAAGUUGUUGAAUUCAGAUCAUUUUGAUGAAUGACUACAAUGAAUUGGUGCAGAUGACAGAUGUUAUUUAUA